AUGACAGCUGGAACUGUUGUUAUCACUGGUGGAAUACUAGCAACAGUGAUACUGCUUUGUAUCAUAGGUGUGCUCUGUUACUGUAGACUCCAGUAUUAUUGUUGCAAGAAAGACGAAUCGGACGAUGAGGAGGAAGUCUCAGAUUUGUACUCUCACCCACGCUUUGCUUGCAACACCUGCAAUGCACACUUUGUGGAUGGAUUGGUCACUCAGCUGCCCGCGCCAGUGGAGGCGAGCCAGGAGGCCGCGAGGGGUUCGUGCCCUGACUGCUCCCCACACCGCUCCCCCUUUUACAUCCGGACCGCCGAGGAGAUGCGCAACGGAGGCGAACGCAUCUCCUACAUCCCGGCCCGCUACAAGGAGCCAGGGCCACCCUUCAAAAUGUCCUCACUCCAAGGUUUCCCGGUGUGCCACCAGAACACGGUGCGGGAGACGCUUGCGAGCGUCAGGGCUAUAAGCACCGAGGUGUGA